AUGAAACCUUUAAUCGAUUUCGAUGAAUGUCUUAGAGAUUCCCCAAAAUUCAGGGAACAGUUAGAAACGGAAGAAGCCAGCAUCGAUGGCUUGGAGCUAAAGCUCGAUAAAAUUCUCAAGACUUGUUCUCUUAUGAUAGAAUCAGGGAAAACAUACAUGACUCAUAGAAGUUCAUUUACAAAUGCCUUAUGGGACUUAAGCAGCAGUUUUUCAGAAGAUCCAACGGUAAUGGCAAACUUAAACCGCAUGAUCCAUGCCCUUCAGGAAAUGAACAAGUUCCAUUCAAUACUACUAGACCAGGCCUCCAGGACUAUACUCAAGAAUCUCGCUGCAUUUAUUAAAAUAGAUAUUAAAGGUGUUAAGGAAAGCAAGCAUCACUUCGACAAAAUCUCAAAUGAAUUGGAUAUAGCUUUAAUAAGAAACUCACAGGUGUCGCGUCAUAAAGCCGGUGACGUUGAAGAGGCAGUAAAUUUAUUGCUGGCCACUCGUUCGUGUUUCCGACAUACUGCUCUUGACCAUGUGCAGAAAAUUACAAUGUUACAAGCGAGGAAACGCCAUGAAAUCCUAGCAACUUUUCUAUCGUACAUGCAGGCUUGCUGCACGUACUACCAUCAAGGCGCCGAUUUAUCAGAAGAUCUUGAACCGUUCCUUAAAUCCACAGCUGACGAGGUAGUCAAAAUGCGUAACGACACAAAAAUACUCGACAAAGAAAUGGAAAAUCGGCACACGAUCGUGAACAGCAAGGAUACAGUUUUGCCCAGCUGUACAGCGAGCGUUACUGAAGGGGACAGCAAAGACGGCCUGCUCAGUACACCAUGCUUAAAAAAUCUGCCCAGAAUGCAGGGCUACCUCUUCAAGAGGACUUCGAAUGCGUUUAAAACAUGGAACAGGCGAUGGUUCUAUCUGUAUGAUAAUCGAUUAGUAUAUAGGAAAAGGACAGGUGAAUUAAACGUUACUGUUAUGGAGGAGGAUUUGCGGCUGUGUACGGUGAAGCCAGUACAAGAUGGUGAGCGGCGCUUUUGCUUCGAAGUACUGUCGCCGUCAAAAAGUCACAUGUUGCAAGCGGACUCUGAGGAGAUGCUGAACUCUUGGAUAACGGCGUUGCAAAACGGGAUCCGUUCGGCGAUACAACAGGGCCAAAGUCGAGACAACCCUGACUCGCAGAUUGUCCUCGUCCCUGACGACACCCGCCUUUCUUACGACAAGAACAACGUUGCCAACGCGCGUAUGAAGAAAGUCAGGAUAUGGGAGCAGUUGUUGAGCAUACCCGGCAACAACUAUUGCUGUGAUUGCGGUAGCCCAAAUCCCCGUUGGGCCAGUAUUAACCUCGGCAUCACGCUUUGUAUUGCAUGUUCAGGCGUGCACCGUUCUCUAGGCGUGCACGUAAGCAAGGUACGUUCGCUGACACUUGACGAUUGGGAACCAGAUAUUAUUAAGGUAAUGGCGGAACUAGGAAAUAAAAUAGUAAAUUUAAUCUACGAGGCCGACACCGAAGGAACCGAAAUUACCCGAGCUACACCGGACUGCGAAACGUCGGUGCGCGAGGCGUGGAUCCGCGCGAAGUACGUGUCGCUGUCGUUCGUGCGCAGUUUGACGGGCGCGCUGGAUGCCUGCCCGCCCGCUGAACACGAACACGAGCACGAACACGAGCACGAGCACGAAAUAGAGCGCGUGCCCCAGCGCAGCGUACGAAGGUGGUCCGUCCGCCGCGCACGACGCAGAGUUCGCGCGACGCCCUCUGUACCUGAAACAAUUAAUGAUGAAAAAAGCGAUGUCAACAGCAAUACCAGUGUAUCAGAAAGUUCAAGCAAGUCGGAGGACAGCCCGGUGUUAUUGAUCGGCAGUGAAUUGUCAAGUGAACGUGCGAUUAACCUCAGUCUUCCCUCCGACCACGAUUCCACUGAGGGAGAGGACGGAGACGACCUAGAGGCGGAGGAGCUGUCGCGACUGUCACCGUCGGCAGUGCUGUGGCGCGCUGCGCGUGCGCAUAAUGUGUGCGUGAUGCGCGCCGCGCUGGCGGCCGGCGCGCCUCCAUCCGCGCCGCGCGUGCGCCGCCGCACGCCGCUGCACGCCGCCGUGCUCAGCGGUUCUGUGAUGGCGUGUUCGUUUCUAUUGCUGAACGGCAGUAAGCUCAACGCGCAGGACGAAGAUGGGAAAACUCCGCUACACCUCGCCACUGAAGCAGGUCACACUGGACAGGUGUGUCUUCUCCUACGCUACCGCGCCGACCAGUCCAUAGUGGAUAACGAGGGUCGCACUCCACUGGAUAUUGCCGUGGAACAUGCUAACGCCGAUAUUGUCACUUUGUUGCGGCUGACGAAGCUGAACGAGGAGAUGCGCGAGAGCGAGAUGUCGUCGAACGACGAUACGUACAACGAGGUGUUCCGCGACUACACGCAGCUGGCGCACUCACACCCCGAGCGCCUCGUGCGCGCGCGCCUCAACAACAACGACGGUGAACAAUCGAGUGAAUGA